UUUGGGGGCAGCAGCGGCCGAACGAGGAGGAGACGGGCAGCCGAGCCGAGCCGGCUCGAGUGGCCGCGGGGAUGAACAGCUCCGAGGAGGACGCAGGGGCGAGCCCCGUGCCCAGUCCGGGCUUCCCCGCCUUCGACGAGCCACCCCAGAAAAGACAGAGAACUGUCGAAGACUUCAAUCAAUUUUGCACUUUCGUGCUCGCCUACGCAGGCUACAUUCCCUACCCAAAGGAGAAUGAGCCAUGGACCUACCGAGGCAACAGAAGCCCUCAGAACAGCACAGGGAGCACCCAAGACAGUGACAAUUGGGGAUCAUCCCAGUCCUGUGACUCCCAAGUGCUCUCAGACGAUGGUGGAAGCAGGAACACGGCCUACAAGGGGACAGGAGAGCUGCUGAACUGCCCCAACAUCACCGGUAGCAGCUUUUGCACCGGUCGGCACCAGCCAACCAAGAAGAGAAAGCCGUCAUCAAAGAAACUCAGUGUGAACCAAGCGACGGACAAGGGCUUGUUGAUGGCCCUGAAGGACCAGACCCCGAGAACCACACCCGAGACUUGCACAGAAGAGAAGGAGCUGAAAUCCUGUUUCCAAGAGCUCCCAUCCAGACCUCUCCUGGAGCCAACAGAGAAAGACUGUAUCCCUGGACUUUACACCGAAGAGAAGACGGAGGAACAAGGGACAUGCAAAGAGGAAAGAACCAGCUCUGCCUCUUGGGACGUGGCGGAGCAAAGCACAGAAGAACCUGCAGGAGAUGACCCUCAACUUAGCAAUCUGCCUGAAGAGUUUACUGCAGCAGCCUCAGACACCAAAACAGACGAAGACGAUGCUUGGGACCUUAUCACUUGCUUCUGCUUAAAGCCCUUUGCCGGGCGACCCAUGAUCGAGUGCAACGAGUGCAUGACUUGGAUACACCUCUCCUGCGCCAAGAUCCGCAAGUCCAACGUGCCCGAGGUCUUCAUCUGCCAACGCUGCCGCGACGCCAAGCAAGAGAUCCGCCGGUCCAACAGAGCCCGGACCGUCCCCCGCAAACGCUUCUGUGACUGACCGUAGCAGGGAGGGACGAAGGCUGGACUCCGCCCUCUGAAGCUUCAGUUUGGAUUUAUUUUUUUUAUUUUGUAUUUUUUUUUGCUGCCAAGACAAUCAAAAAUGCGGGAACUGUCCUUAGGGAAGAGACCGGAGGCAGCCCUGGAGAGACCUUUUGACACGCGUGUCUUAAUUCCAAAUGUUGAAAUUGGGGGAAGAGGAAGACACUGGGGUGCUGUUGAGAUCUCAGGGUUAUGCUAAGAGCUGCAAAUGCACAAACGCCUGGCAGAGACAAGAGACAAGUUGAUGGGGGGCGCAGCGGGAUUGCGGGGGGGGGGGGAUUUAUCUGCAGGCCAUGCACUAAGUCAGCCAGUAGCCUCUCUGCCCUUACGCAGAGGUGCCUUUUUCUCAGCAGCAGCAGCAGCAGAGAGAGUGGGCCCAAGCAAGAUUUUUUUUUCUGUGGUACGCCAGCUGCUCGGACUUUAAAUGGGUCGGAUGAUGCACCCUCCGUUUUGUGGUUGGUUCUGCGCCCCUUAAGAACGGCGGGUCGGGGAGCUCCUCGACUCCUUUCCCGAAAGCACACUUCAAGGAGGAGGCGGGGCAGUCCCCUUCCCUCUUGUGCACAGACUCUCACACACCCCCGAGCUUAGAGAGGGCUCUUUUGCGGCCUAUUUAGAGCGCGCUCUGUCCUAUCCCCAGGACAGCAGGCACCCCCAUUUCAGAGCCUCCCCGUCCUUUCAACGUUUGAGCGAGAUGCUAUGCUAUAUAGCUAAGCUAGUCCCUGUUGGACCAGGAAAAGGCGGGGGUGGUGGUGGUGGUGAUAAUAUUCCCUGACUGUACAUACUCGGUAUGCAGAGGCUUAGAAAAUAUUUAGCUCUAUCUACUCGACUCACUGGCCUAGCCUAGACUUCUGGUUGCACUACUGCCUUUAUUCCAAGGGAACAUGGGACUGCCUGGGGGGGGGGGAGGGAAACGGGACCGCUAAUAGCUGUAGAGCCUUUUGGGGAGCUAAAAGGGGAGACGUCUUCCUCCCCCCACCAAGGUUGGAUGGAUGGUGAGGCACCUGGCAGAAGCAGAUUGGGUCCUGCUUGCCUCCGGGCUGCUCUUGGGAGAGCAAUCUGGGGAUUUCUUCUUAAAAAAAAAAAAAAGAGAGAGGGAGAUCGAUCUGUGUACUAUGCAAACUAGGUUGUUCCUGGGGAAAAUGAUACCAGCAAGCAAAAACGCUUGCUUGCUCGGAGACUGUGUCUUGUCACUCCUUCCCGGCUCAGCUGAGACUCUUCCGGUUUGACCCAUGUGCCUUCUUUCUUCUCAUCUCAUCCUUCAGCCCCGCGCGUCCAUCUGAAAUCUCUACCCGGAUGGCACACACGAGAAUAUUCCGCAGUCGUUUUUUUUUGUCCACGUGGGUUUUGCCCAGUUUGGGACGGGCUACACCUGGCCACUGCUUAAUGAAAGAGCAAAAAAA